UUCACGAGAUUGGCAUAAUUUAUGGGUAGAUCUUGGUAUUAAAUACCAACGUGCUUAUCAUAAGUGGCCUGAAAACUUCUUCCCGAUUCCAAAAUUGAGCCUCAAAAUAUUUUUCAUCGAAUAAUUAUUUACUAUUUCUAAUUUUCUUUUAACAUUUCCGCAGAUUCUUUGCGUCCUCCAUGCACAAGAUGGAACUUGGACCUGUAGAUAAUUAAUAUCGGCAGAAGGACGUAUGGAAUAAUUAUUCCCAUAAAGAUUUUAUAUAAGGCGCCCCCGGCGGUGGCCGUUACUUCUCGCUUCGCAGGUGCUCCCCCCUAAAGUCGCCUCCCCGCUGUGAAAUCGCCAGCGCCGUGAUCCCCAUCUGGGAAAUUCUAGGGUUUCUUCCUGGUCCCCUCCUCCUUUCCUCUUGAUCGAAUUCCACCGGACUCCUCCGCCCAUGUCCAUCAGAUCCGGCGGGCGGAAGGUGUCCUUCGACCUCCUCGCCAGCGACAGUUCCGGCGACGACGGCGGCCUCUCCCUUCGGCCGGCCUCCGAUCCCUUCGGCGGCGAGUACGGCCGCUCGACCCGCCGGAAGCGGAAAUCCAAGGCAUCGAAGAAAGGGAAGUUGGCCGAGAGAGCGGCGGUGGCCGGGGAUCCAGGCUUCCUGGCAGGGUUGGAUCACCAGACACGGCCUUUGGCCGAGAAUGGUCACUGUGAGGAUGGGAUGGGAUUCGGCGUCUCGGAGAACAGAUCGGUGGUGGAGUCCGUUUGUGAGAACACGGUGGUGGUGCCGGCGCCGGAGCCGGAAAGCUCCCAAGGGAGCUGUGUUUCUUAUGUGGAAUUGAGGCAGAGGAACGUGAACGGGAGUGUUGGGGAUGAGCCGAGGGACGAGGAGACCAGCACAAGGGUGAGUUCUGCAGGACCAUGGAGGCCAGAAUCUAAAGGGAACAUCGGCACGCUGGCGAAAGAGGGGUCCUUGGAUUGGAAUCGGGUCAUGGCGGAAGAUCCAAAUUUGUUAGGAGAAGUCUCAUCGUCAGACAGUUCGCCCAUAAAAUACUUUAUAGGAGAGAUGUACGGUGGUAAUUCACUUAGAAGCACAAUAUCUACUGGGAAUGAGAAGAAACGACAGGGGGUCUAUAACACUAUGUUCCAUGUUCCAUGGAGAUGUGAACGGCUUAUUGUUGCAGGCUUCUUUGUCUGUUUGGAUUCAUUUCUGUCAUUGCUAACUAUUAUGCCAGCACGAAUUGUUAUGACCAUUUGGAGGGUGCUGCACACCAGGAAGUUUCAGAGGCCAAAUGCUGCCGAGUUAGCAGAUUUUGGUUGUUUCAUUGUGUUGGCUAUAGGAGUCAUUCCACUACAAAUGACAGAUAUCAGUUUAAUAUAUCAUAUCAUACGUGGACAAGGAAUAGUCAAACUCUAUGUGGUAUACAAUGUCUUGGAGAUAUUUGACAGACUCUGUCAAUCUUUUGGCGAAGAUGUUUUGCAAGUUCUGUUCAACUCUGCAGAAGGGCUUUCAAAUUGUUCACCAGAGAAUAUGAUAUUUCAACUAAUGAGAUUUAUCUUGGAUGAAACAAUAGCCAUCAUUGCAUUUGUUGUCCAUUCUUUCAUCUUAUUGGCUCAGGCUAUCACUUUAUCAACUUGCAUUAUUGCCCACAACAAUGCUUUGCUGGCUUUACUGGUGUCAAAUAAUUUUUCUGAGGUUAAAAGCAAUGUAUUCAAACGUGUUAGCAAAGAAAACCUUCACAGUUUGGUAUAUUACGAUAUCAUUGAGCGGUUCCACAUCACAACUUAUGUGUUAUUUGUCCUAUCUCAGAAUAUCUUGGAGGCAGAGGGUCCCUGGUUUGAGAGUUUCGCUACCGAUGCCCUCCAGGUUUAUGCGUGUGAAACAUUUAUUGAUACGAUCAAGCAUUCAUUUCUUGCAAAAUUUAAUGAAAUAAAACCCAAUGCAUACUCUGACUUUCUAGAAGACCUUUGUAAACAGAUUCUGAAUGAGAAGCCUGAUGAGCAUCGGAAAGAUCUUACUUUCAUUCCUCUUGCACCAGCCUGUGUGGUCAUCCGAGUGCUAACUCCAGUAUAUGCGACUGUUCUUCCCUAUGGUCCACUCCCAUGGAGGUUGAUCUGGAUCAUCUUCUGGUCAAGUCUGACCUACAUCAUGCUUGCCAUUUGCAAGAUGCUUGUGGGACUGAGCCUUCGCCACCUUGCCACUUGGUACAUUACUCAGCGGCUUGAGAGUAAACAACAUGUGGACUGAUACCUUCACAUACAUGAUUAGAGGUCUGAUGUGAGAGAAAGUUCUACGAUAAGGAUCAAGUCAAGCAGUCCAACAUUACCAGCUUACAGAUACCGUUGCUCACGGGACACAGCAGCUUCUUACCUUUGUGCAUAAAGCAUACAAAUCAAGAUAUACAUCAUUGUGCUCCAGUUCUUAUAUCCAUGGAGAUCAAAUUCAUAGCGGCUUGCUUGAAUUUUGCUUUUAUAUUGCUGCAAGCCCCAGUUAACGAUAUAGCAGAAAUAGUCCUGAGAUCAGGCAGAUCUGGGAUUCCUUUUACCUCUCUUUACCUGAAUGAAGUAGCGUAAUUCUUUGAUGAAA